GAGCCAGUGAGCGAGCCCCUCCUCCUUCCUCAAACUUCAUUUCCUCCUCGUCCAACCAGAUAGCUCAGUCCUCAAUCCAUCAUAAAAUAUAGCGGGUAAAGACAGCUGUCAGGGAGACACGUCCGAUUUUUGGAAAGGGUGCUGUCCCAGACACUUUUUGGCAGGACAGAAGUGGGACUACAAACGCGGUCCGGCUGGAAAGUUUGGCCAAAGCUGCUCAGCUGAAGUUGCGUGGCAGUCAUUUGCCGUCUGACAGCUUCCAGCUGCAGAGAAACUUCAGAGUUGGACAUUGACCAGCUAUUUGACCUGCCCAGCCAGCAGCACAGUCUGUCUCCUUUCCUAAUUCACACCCCCUCCUCGGAAAGAAUUUAAGAAGUGCAACAUGGCAAGAGGCUGCCUCUGCUGCUUGAAGUAUAUGAUGUUCAUCUUCAAUCUCAUCUUCUGGUUAUGUGGCUGCGGGCUGCUCGGUGUGGGCAUCUGGCUCUCGGUGUCUCAGGGCAGCUUCGCCACCUUCUCACCCUCAUUCCCUUCACUGUCAGCUGCCAAUAUGGUCAUUGCCAUCGGCGCCAUCGUCAUGGUAACAGGCUUUCUCGGUUGCCUGGGUGCCAUCAAGGAGAACAAGUGCCUGCUUCUGAGCUUCUUCAUUGUCCUGCUGAUAAUUCUUCUGGCAGAGGUGAUUUUGCUCAUCCUCUUCUUUGUGUACACAGAUAAGGUGCGUGAGAAUGCCAAACAGGAUCUCAAGGAUGGGCUGGCUCUGUACAACUCAGAAAACAACAUAGGCCUGCGAAAUGCCUGGAACAUCAUCCAGGCAGAGUGGAAAUGCUGUGGAGUGAUAGGAUACACCGACUGGCACGAGGCCCUGAAGGACAAAGUAGUUCCUGAUCGCUGCUGCCAGGAGCAUUACCAGAACUGUGGGCGGAACUCCACCAACAUGUUCUGGAACAGGGGCUGCUUUGAGAAAGUGGAGGAAUGGCUGGAUGACAAUAAGUAUCUGCUGGGAACCAUAGGCAUGGUCAUCUUGGUAGUGGAGCUCCUGGGCAUGGCAUUCUCCAUGACAUUGUUCCACCACAUUCACAGAACGGGAAAGAAGUAUGACGCUUAGCCUUGGGACAAGCACCAAAUGGAGAGGAGCCCCAGUGCUUGAUGGGAUAAAGACUCUGAUUCAAACAUACAUCCAUGCUUCCCCCCUACUUCUUUAGAGCAUCCUUUUCCCCUUCCCAGAUCGUCUGUACAGAUUCCAGCUGCUCUGUCCUGCUGUCUCCUCUCACCAUUCAUUUUGCCAAAGAGUAACACAACUGGAAGAGAAGAGGCGCCUACUUUUGGCAAGGAAGAGAAUCCCAUAUGUUGUCCCUUCUCUUGAGUACACUUGUUUUUUGGCUUUUUCUGUUCUUUUUUGGCUUGAACUAACUAAUUGCUGGAGGGAAGGACAGACUCUGAGAUAAUGAAGACUUUACAAAUGCCCAAACAGCCCCCACAGGGGGAAAAACCCAUGAAACUGACAAUACCCUCCACCUCAUGUGGAGGUUUUUUUUCCUCAUGCUUACUAAAUUCUAGCCCUGUUUUUUCCCCUUGUAAAUGAAAAAGAUCCAACAUGGCAUGCUAGUUUUCUACUUCACUGAUUUAUCAUUGAAAUGUUUUUAUUUUAAACUUAUUGUUUUCUUGUUGGAUUUUUUUUGUAAGUAUAUCAUCCUGUGGAAUGUAAGUGUCGAACAGAUCGGUGCAAUGUGUGUGUGGGUAUGUGUGUGGGAUUGGUUUGAAGGUAACAUUGCUGCAGACGGGCAAAGACAUGUAAGGAUGCAGAGGUUUAUAAGUGAAAUGAGCUUCAUGGACGAGCAUCACGUAAGCACGAGGAGUCAUCGGUGGAUUCAUUUUACACCAAAAAUAUGUCUGCGAACAAACUCGCACACAUGCAUUUUGUGCUGCCACACAGCAGCACACCCGCUCCCCGUUAGACAAUAUAAAUGAUGUAAAAUGGCUGUUUAUUAGGGCUCCAGCAGCACUGUCAGCUGUAGAGAUCUAGGUGAUAAAGUCCCCCCUUCGAGAAAACAGACUGGGUUGUGUACGCGCAUGCAUUUUAUCACACAGUUCAGGCUGCAGAGGAGAAAAAACCCCACUGAGAAACACUUAGAAUCCAGGGCAGGAUGGGGCAAAAACAGAGCAGACACGUUGUCUUGUUUCGGCUAUCGAUAGCGUUAACAGAGGUGGCUCUCGCCUUUCUAUACUGAAGAUCUCCUCCAUUCACACCGCCCUCCUCGUGCUUUCUCUCGGCGGCUGAUAACUCACCCCUGCCUCUCUCUUUUCUUUUUCACUCUAAUUUUCUUUCUUCGUGUCAGGCGGCAAUGAGUUUCAUGCUCCAUCCAGUGCUUCUGCUGACAUUCCUGCUCAUCACACGUUUACACCUCUGGUUUGCAACCCCCUUCAAUUUUACGUAGGCUUCAUUUUCUCACAGCAACCAGAGGUGGGGGGAGAUGGGAGUGUGAGUGUUGCCAGAUCAAAGCUCAGACUGAUAUGUAUGGCAACAUGCCCUGUAGGACACAUCAGUUUAUGUCUGUUUACAUCUACAUUCACUGCAGGAGGCCAGAGUGCCAGCCUUCCUCCCGGAGACUGAAAAUAUUCCAUCUGCUGUGGCGACUUCAAAAAAUGCCCUCCACACUGGAGGGCAUUUUCUGCUCUAGGCUUCAAAAUCUCCAAAGAAACGGUGGAAUAAAGAACAAAGGAUCACUGUAGCUUCUGGAAGGUUGUAUUCAGUUGUGACACAGUACUUUCCAAAGCAAGUGCAAUUAGAGAUCUGGGAAGAAUAUUUUAACCAAGACCAAAAAAUAGCGGUAAAUAAGCCGGCCAAUAAUUACAAAACCUUUGUCACAGAAUGUUAGCAGAUUUUUUUCACAAAGGUUUACUACAGAGGGAGGAUUUUAAAGAAAUUGUCUAUACUGGUACAGUCUCUGUUACUGUGCCCUGUCUCUCUUCAUCUCAUCCAUUCAAGCUGAUUCAGUUUGUAGAUUCCUGCAAGUUUGUUGGACUUUAAUUCAGCAGCAACUCUUUCAGAACACAGUAAAAGCUCAUAUAAACUUGGAAUUGUGUUAUCUUUAUGAUGCAGAGUACUGUACUUUUAGGAUUUAGAGGCACCUAGUGAAGUCUCCCAUUUAUAGCCCAUACCGCCUGCUCAUGUGUAACUAGUUGAGCUGAGCUUGGCUACCAGGGAAGCUGCCAAUUAAACCUUUACAAGUGGUUGCAUUCUAAAUUGUGUCCUACAUUAUAGCUGCAAUUAAAUUUAUUGCUUUGAAUGAAGCAUCAAUGAAGUACCUGAACUAACAAAGAAAAUAAGCCACUCAUUUACUCACGUGUCCACCUGAUCUGAGAUGCUUCAGAGUAUCUCCUGAAGUCAGUGUUGGCAUUUUAGGAAAAAUUAGGCUGAUGAUUUUUUUAAUCUGAAGGAGAGUUUUAGGAAGAGAAAGGGGAAUUCUUGCAACAGGAAGCAACAGAUUUGUGCUGUUUUGUGCAGUGACCCUGCUGGCUGUGAUACACUGUCUGCCCCCAUAUGCUCCAACUCUUCCUGUUGUGUCCAUGGGGGAAACAUGACAGCUGCUGAUGUACAGUGCAGGCACGAGCGAUCACAUUUCCUCUGCUCGGCUGCCUCCACAAACUCAACACAUCCCUUACUUACUGCCUCACUCUGCAGACACCUGGCGCUAUACAGUAACUGGCAAUGUGCUUUGGACACCUUAAAGCACUUGUAAGGUACCCGAGACGGGUUAGCGGGGGAAUAGCUCAAAACAGUUUGGCAAAUGAGGCUGUGCUGUAUCCUUACUGCAAAAAAGAAGGUUUAAAGGAAACCCAAGAUAGCCACACAUGUAACAGAAAUACAGGAAUGCAGAAUAGUGGGAAUAAAGGAAAUCCGUUGGGAGGUCAGAGCCUCAGCCUGCAGACGCUGUAGCUGUUUGCUCUCGGCUGAUCUGACUGGGGCGACAUUUUCUUCUCUGUGUAAAAUCCUUACCCCAUUUUCCGUGAUUAUGUCAGAGUAAAUGUUACAUUGUGUUUGUAAUAUGCGGGGAUGAAUGCCAUUUUAACAGGUGGGGCUCUUUAAUUAUGUUCUUUUUGUACACUUUUCUGCUGUUUAAAUGUUUGUUUUUAUACAAUAUGCUGUUGAUUUUCUUGUUGUAGGUUCUGUUUUUAUUGGCUUUCCCCCCCUUUGUAGUUUACUUUGAGUACAUGACAUCAUUAAGCAUUUUUUCCUAGAGGAUUAGUCUUUGCGGUGUUCCUCUACCACAUGCAAAAAUGCCUUUUCUGUGUUUCCACGAUGCAGGCGGUUAAAGCAAUUAACGUAGAACAAAUAGAAGGCAAAUCUGGCAUAUAGCAUCAGGCAAAGUCCACAGAAGACAUACUGCGCUUUUGUCGUUGUGCUUCUUUGUAUUAGGAUCAAAUUAAAUUGAAUUAGGAUGCGCAGGUAUAAUCUGCAGCAUCUCUUCAAGCUGCCAGUGCAGGACCCAUUUUGUAUUCUUAGAGCAUGAACUGUUAGACGACUGUACAACAGAGUUCAUCUCGCUCCAGUGUAUCAGCUCACCAUGUAAAUAUGCCCAUUUUACAAGUGAUGUAACUUACUGCUAUACCUCUGCCACUUCGCCUAACAUUCACAUCAACAGGUUGGUUUUCUGACAGCCCGUGCCCUUUUUAUGCUCAUUUACAGACACUUGUACUGUAUGUUAUCCAUUUUUUAUGUCUGCCAGAUUUCCUGCCUCUGUUUUCGCUUCAAGCACGAGAGCGGUGUAAAUGUUAAGUAAAUUUGUGUUUUUGUCAGUACAGUCCUCAUAUAUUUUUGACUGCAUUUUCAUCUUUUAGUAAAACAUGAUUUUUUUAAAAAUAUUUUUUUUGAAGGAUUAUAAAAUAUUCCGUCUCAUCCAAGGAAGCACUCCCAGUAAGCCACGGAAAUAGUGAAGGAAGGAUGCACAUGCAGUAAUUGGGUUUCGUCUGCUGUGAAAAAUUCUGAACAUAAAAACUGUUUUUUGUUGUUGUUUCCUUUCCUUUGUGUGUGUGUGUGUGUGUGUGUGUGUGUGUGUGUGUCAGAAUCAUUUUUUUGCCACCUUCGACAUAUUAUUUCUGUAAUCUGCUCCUAAUCCUUCCCCUGUGCUGAAGCUGAAUAUGUGAGCAGUGGAAAUGUAUGCUCUAGAAAUGGUGUGUUUGAUGUUGUGUUCUGCUGGGUGGCACUAUCUGAUACCUGCCAGCCUUGUCCUGUGGAGUUUUCUGCUACACGUGAAAGCACUCUGAAUAUCUAUACUAGCUGGUGCACUACUUUCUCUUUACUCGCUAAAUCAACUAUUUUUUAAAUAAAGGAAAGAGUGUCAGAAAAAAUCUCACCAUACAGUA